CAACGUCUUUCAGCUCCUAUAAAAGCAAAUUGUUUGGUGGCACUCGCUUUAGUAUACCAUUCAACAGCUGAUUUCUAUAACUCUUAAAAUAAAAAUACAAACAUUAAAAUAAAAAUAAUACGUUGUAUAAAAAACAUUAAAAUAACUAUCAAUAAUUAAUUCGAAAAACAAAGAAAUAUUCAAGUGUUAUUACUAUUUCGAUUAUUACUAUUUCGAUUUUCUAUCAUUUUAAUAAUUUAAGUUAUUAUAAAAGUAAAAAUAAAUAAAAAAAUAUGCCAGUUGAGGUGGCACCAAUAAGCCAGCCUGCUCAUGCAGUGCGUUCUCUAUAUAAUGGAGAAACAACAAAAAUGAAUAAACUCUGUCGUCAAUUAUCAAUUGAGAGUCCAAAUAUAACUGGACGUGAUUGUGUAUUUAGUUUUGAUGUACCAGUACCAGAUGUACCAACUCAUGGUGCAAGAAUACGUAUUGUUUGCGCUGGUGCAUGUUAUAUACCACGACGUUCACCAAGUUUAACAAGUUUAACAUCAAAUUCAAGUGCAAAUAGUCUUAUAACAGAAACAUCAGUUGAAGGUGAUUUACCAGUAUCAUUAUCACAACAUGGUUUUCGUGAUGCAGCAUUAUUUCCUGGUUAUGAAGUUGCUGGUAUUGUUGAAUCAUUAGGAACAUGUGUUAAUGAUGAUUGUGGAUAUAAUGUUGGUGAUCGUGUUAUAUUAUAUCCAUUUGAUGGUAUACCAAAUGGUUAUGUUGAAUAUCUUGUUGUUCAUGAUUUAAAAUAUCUUAUUAAAAUACCAGAUAAUGUAUCAUUAAGUGUUGCUGCAAUGUUACCUGCUGGUGCACUUCUUGCUAUGAAUACUGUAUUUGCUGCACAUGAACAUGUUCAGCAAUUGGUUAGAGAACGUGAUGAAAAUUGUGUAUGUAAAAUACUUAUUGUUGGUACUGGUGGAUUGGCACUUUGGGCACUUAGAAUUGCUGCAUAUUAUUUUAGUAAUAUGCAGAGUAAAGUUACAAUAACAAUAGCAUCACUUAAAGAUGAUGGUUUAAAAAUGGCACAAGAAUUUCAAAGAGUCAAUGUUGUCGAAUGGAAUGAGGGACUUUAUGAAAAACAAUUGAUUGAAAGAACAAUGGAUGCAUGCCAGGGUCCAGUUGAUAUUGUUAUUGAUUUUGGUACAACAUCAAGAAGUUUACAUCGUAGUAUGCAAUGUUUAACAAAAGGUGGUGUUGUAUUUGUUAUAAAAGAAGUUGCUGAUCGUUUAUUACCAAAAUUUUGUCGACUUGCUGAAGAACGUGAUCAAAAUAUAAAACCAGUUGAACCUGGUACACUUGAACAACUUAAUAAACUUGUACAACUUGUAUCAAGUGGUGAAAUUGAACCACCACCACAUACUGUUUAUCCAGCUGAACAAGCUAUGGAUGUUGUUCAUAAACUUUGCCAUUCAGAAAUUCAAGGAAGAGCUAUUUUACGUUUCUAUCCAGCUGAUUAAAAAUUAUAAAUUAAGGUUGAAAACCUGUGACAAUAUCUCAUUGACAUUCAUCUCGUCAAAAAAAAAAACACGUCAAAUAUUACAUUUAAAAAAAAAAAAAAACAAUUAUAUGAGAGGUGCGAAUUAUUAUUAAUAUUAUUUUCUUAUAUGAAUAUUAUUUUAUUUUUUAUUUAAUAUUAUUAUUAAUUUUUUAAAAAUUUUAUUAUCAAGUGAUACUGUAGAUUGAUAGUUUGUCAUAAGAUAUAUAUUAUAACACGG